UUGUAGAGUUCUUAGCUAAAUUUUCUUUCUAUUUUCAGUUUCAAUGCUUCAAAGCCGAUUGGGUCUCGACGACGAUGGUGUGGAAUUAUUAGAUGAAGGAAAUAAUGUACGUAUGACUUGAAUACAUGAUUCUAUUUAAUUUGACAUUAUUCAGAUAACUCGAAAAUUAAUUCUAUUUUUGGUUAGUACUAAAAGUUGUACUGUUUUCAGGACACGGUUCCAGUUCAAUCACAUUCAAACUACGAGGAUGGUCAAAGUUUCUACGCCGAAAACAGAUGCUCGAAAAACCAGGUAAGUGUUUACACAACACCUUCAAAGAACUCGUUUACUUAAUCCAUUCUAUGACAACUGCUAACUUAAUGUUUUUAAUUUUUUUAGACGAAAAAGCGAAAACGGACAGAACAUCCAAAUUCCGAAUACUUCCAACAAGAAAAACGAGCAAAAACUCAAACUCGAAAAGCAUCAGAAACGUCAUCUGAUUCCGGCGUAGAGUUACGAAGCCACACAGUGUCCCCGCCACAAAUGUGCUCGCAAGAAGACACCCACUACUUCACACCAAGUGAAGAAAUCCCAGUGGAAGCUGAAGAAACACAAUACAUCUGUCAAGCACAAAUAGACAUGCAAUCAGAAUUGUACAAUCAACUUUUUAAUAACGACACGCAAAACCCUGAGGAUGCAGCCAUUAUUCCCAAUUGGGACUUUCCAUCUACAUCAACACAGGUAGUUCCCUGUAUGGAGACCUUGACUCGCUCGCUGGUCGAAGUCCCAUCCAUAAUCUCGCCUCAAGAACCUCCCGAUGUGGCCAUCCAACAGCCAGUUCAAACUGGUCCCCCUGUCUUACAUGUUAUGGAGCCUGCUGCCGAUUUGAACACCGAAGAAUGCGAUUUGAUACUGGACCAAGAACUGACCCUGGACUUCCUAACUGACACCGAGAAAAUUUUGCUGAACGAUAUAAUUGGCUCAGAACUCCUGGAUAUGAAUGUUCUCGAUACCGUACCUGAAGAACAAAUGAGACCUUAUCCACUUGAGGAUAUCUCAGGAUAUUGA